GACCCAAAACUAUCAAUACACCUGAUCUCCAGGAAACUUGCAGGCACAGCUCUUUGGUUUUAGGCCCGUUUGUUGCUGAGGAUGUUGCUUUCUCUGUGCUGGUGGCUUGUGAUAGCUCUUGGAUGAAACAAUUUUUUUAGCCAGAGGUCACUUUCUCUUGGAAAAUUGUGUUUUGCCUGUCUAGAACUCUCCUGUGGUUUAUAGUGGAUGCGUUAUUCGGCGUUGUCUGCCAUAAUAUGUUCUGUAGUGUUUAAAGGUUGCUGCCUCCUUUCUGCUGGGGGCUGUGUUUCGGUGAUGGGUGAAGCGGUGCUUGUAAUAGGUGGUUUUGUAUCAUUUUGUCAGGUACUGUGGGAUUGUCAUAUGAAGGACUAUGUGCGUGUCAUUUGUUAUUACGAAUGCCUCUCGUGUUUUGGAAUUUAACAGACAUAAUAUUUACCCUUGUGUCACCAUCAUCACGUUCAUUUCUGUAGCCAUAAUCAAAGGUGGCAACAAUGGCAUUCAGAUGCUUAAUUACAUUUUGUAUAGGUGACCAGUGUUAACUUAUUAAAUUAAUGCGUGGUGGAGCAGGAGCAAGUGUCACUGCCUGUGGUUAGGAAGCCAUCAGCUUGCUCCUCACUUAUCUCUACCAGUACAUAGUGAACCAUAUGGCAUCGGAGAGUGUUUAUUAAAGAGUAAUUUCUCUCAACAUUCUGUGUAUUUUAUUUCUUAUUUCGCUUUAUGUAGAUCUCAAAUAUUUUUUCCAUCUCAAAAAUUAAAACACUGAGCAACAUUGAUUUUUCAGUAAGCUGAAACCAAGGUUUCUUAAGGUUUAGUGGGAGCAGAGAAAAGCAAUCUUUUGCUUGCAUCCAACAUGCCACCUGUGUGGGAGGAUUGGAAAUCCUUCUAGGAUGUGGAACCUAAGGUUCAAGUCCCUGGUUUCUGGUUUUGAGCAGAGUUUUGAACAUAGGUCUUCUGUUUUUUCUGGGGAAUAUCCAAGUCAUUGCAUGAUCAGCUGUGUUGUGGAGGGAAAGGGAGUAUCCUACCCCCCUGGUUAUAAAAAGAAAUUUCAUCUUUAUCUCAGCUAAUCAAGGAGGUUUUCUUGUAGGAUUCUGCUUUGACAUCUUGUUGCUUUAUGGUCACAAAUUAAAAAACCUACCCAGAACCGAAUGAAAGCAAGUUAAUUCCUUCACCACUGCUGUUUGCAUACCAUCUGCCAUUCUCAGAGUGGGAAGCUGGUGAAGAAAGAAAACACUGCCUGUGAUUAGACUUCUGCAGAAUCUGUUGUGUUUUGGUUUUUUUUCCUCUUGAAGUUGUUGAAGAUGCCUUCCCUGAGAGGAAAAGCACAGACUGUCCUGGGCCUCGUGGAGCCGGAGCAGCUUGGCUACACGUUGACUCACGAGCACCUGUCAAUGAACUACAGCAGCUGUUUUUGUCCACCUUCCCCAGGCCAAGAGCCUUUGUCUGAUGGGCCCAUUGAGAUGAAGAACUUGUUUUGGAUUAAGCAGAACCCCUACAGCCACAAAGAAAACCUUCUUUUGUGUCAGGAAAGGGAUGCUGUGAAGGAGGAGCUGCUGAAUUUUAAAGCAGCAGGCGGCGGGACUAUCGUGGAGAACACGACCACGGGAAUCGGUCGGGAUAUGAAUACCUUGAAGCAACUCGCUGAAGAAACUGGUGUCCAUGUUAUUGCUGGGGCUGGGUUUUAUGUGGGUUCCACUCACUCUUCUCAAACACAGGCUAUGACAGUGGAGCAGCUUACAGACAUCAUUGUUGGUGAGAUCCUCGACGGAGCGGAUGGGACUAACAUCAAGUGUGGCGUGGUGGGGGAAAUCGGCUGCUCCUGGCCCCUGACCCCGAGCGAACGCAGGGUGCUCCAGGCAACCGCGCGUGCCCAGGCGCAGCUGGGGUGCCCGGUGAUCAUCCACCCUGGCAGGAACAGCGAUGCGCCCUUCCAGAUCAUCCGCAUUCUGCAGGAAGCUGGGGCUGACGCUUCUAAAACCGUCAUGUCUCACCUCGACAGGACUAUCUUUGAUACAGAGAAACUUCUGGAAUUUGCUAAACUUGGGUGCUAUUUAGAGUAUGACCUAUUUGGUACGGAGUUUCUUCAUUACCAGUUCCAUCCAGACAUCGACAUGCCGAGUGACAACGAAAGAAUUGCAAGGGUUCGGAUGCUGAUCAAUGAAGGCUACGAAGACAGAAUUCUGAUGGCUCAUGAUGUGCACACGAAGAAUAGGUUGAUGAAAUACGGAGGUCAUGGAUAUUCGCAUAUCCUUAAAAACAUAGUUCCUAAAAUGCUCAUUAGAGGCAUCUCCCAAGAUAAAAUUGAUAAAAUACUCCUAGAAAAUCCAAAGCGGUGGUUGACUUUUAAGUAAGAAUAGUGAAUAAACUUAUAAAUUCCUAUUUUAUAGGGAGCUUGGCAUAAUUUGAAUUUGUUUCAGAAGAGCAGUCAUGCUUAUUGUCAGAGAAACUGGAAGGUAAUUCAUGUUAUGAACAACCCGAUUAGGACUUCUCUUUUUAAUUAGAAUAACAGAACUAUUUGUUUUCUCCCUUCUGAAAGCCUGUUCAGGAAUGAUUUACUAGAUAUGAGCCUACCUGCAAAAUUUUCUCAAUGUAUUAAAAUAGUUGUUUCCAGAGGGUAAGCUAAUAAUACUAGUACAUUAUCCAGGAAUAUUUUUAUGCAUCAGCAGAGCUUUGAAGAACAUUACAGUCUUCAAUUAAAUCCCCCUUUUCCACAGGGUGAUUUUAAUAAACCAAUUCUUGUAAUAUUGAUAAUCCGUUAAUUAUCCUUAUAUCAUUUAAAUAAUGCUAGAUAAAAGGUCUGGCACUUUGAAAUACCUUCCAAGUAGAACAGAAGGCAAAACAAAUUUCAAAUAUUUCUAAAAAGAUACUAUUUCUUUUUCAUUUAAUCAUUUGCUUACUUUGAACUGAAUGUGUAAAAAAUACAUGGAAAGAAUUAUUUUUGAAUAAAACCAUUUGUAGACCUCUUAAACUAUGUGUAGUAUUGUUACGGAUGUCUAUUUUUUAACCAGAUUAGUUUUUCGUUGGGAAUUGAUGGAAUCUCACAGCGAUCAUGUGAAACUGCAAUACAGACCAGCUUCUUUUUGCAAGGAUGCAACACCAAAAGGCAAAAUAUAUUACAUAAUACGGUUUUAAUGAGUUGCAAUAGUUAUAACAAAGGUUGUGAUAUAAGUCUUUACAAAUCAGUAUAUCAAGAUAUGAUGAAAAAGGAAGAAAUGUUUGCCUUAUAUGUGUUUUUCACAUAAAGUGUGUUAUUUCCUCUUGUCUAACUUUAAACCAGGGCAAGUGAUUUAUCUAAAAGAAAAAAAAUUUAAAAAAAGAUCAUACCCAGUAGCAAUGGUAGCCUGAUUUUGAAAGCUUCUUCAAAUUUGACCUUAUAUGUCUUGUAGUAUUGACCUUUUCCAAUAAAUACCUUAGUAAAUA